CUCACGUUUUUCAAAGGUAGAUGUUGACAGAGGAAGUGCAGCAAAGAGGAACCAACCAAGUACAACUAAGAGCUGAACGAGACCAAAGGUAAAAACGAACCGAUGCAAGAAAGCAUGAAGAUACUUUUCCUUGUCAUGGCAUUUCUCAUGCAAGGGAGAGCAAACGCGGUGGUUGAAGUGACAGGAGUAUCUGGGAAGGACAUAAAAAUAACAUGCUCUCACGACAGUGCAUUUGAUAAUGUCAAAUACUUCUGCAAUGCAGUCUGUAUACGUGAUAAAGAUGUCUUAAUAAAAAGCAGGGAUUGGUAUUCUCAAGAGAAAUACAGCAUAGUAGAUGCGAGAAACAUAUUUUAUGUUACAAUCUUUCAUCUGACAAAGCAGGAUGCUGGGACCUACUGGUGUGGAUGGGAAAGAGUUGGUCCGGAUACAUACCAAAGGGUUGUCCUCACGGUCAGAGAAGGAUCAACAGAGGAGCCCAAGGAAGACACGCCAACAACAGAGGAGCCCAAGGAAGACGAGCCAACAACAGAGUCUCCUGAGCAAGUUCCUCCAAGUACUUCAUCCUCGAUGACGCCAUUGUACAUCGGAGCAAGUCUCGGAGUAAUCACACUAACCACGGCACUCGUUCUUCUCAUCUGCUUCACACAGCAAAAAGGGAAGAUUAGAACACAUCCUGGUAUGAAUGACACAGAGGACCCUAUUUUCAUUCUCAGCGCAAUUCUAGUGCAAAGUAAAGUCUAGCUGUAUGCAUGGGUUGAAUUUUCUUUCUUUUAGUAAUUUACUAGGCUUUGUGGGGUGGAACCGAACCGAGUCUUGGCUUAAAAUCAGGGUGGUUGGAAAGCACGGUUGGAAGCUUGAUAUUGUAGGAACAGAAACAGACUUGAAGGGGUCGGAAGAUGACACUCUCAGUUUGGGGAGAGCCUUGCAACACUGCCGUGUGCCAUCCUUCCACUGUCAUUUUGUUUUUUAAUUUUAUUAAGAGAACAGGGCACUUCCAAAUA